AGAUGUCACCGCUCAGAUGUCAACAAACCCCUGGCUAAAGGAGUUGAUUGCCCGUCUGUCUCGUCUAUCUCUAUUUCUUCGCCUUUUGCAGAUGCGAGGAGGCGGGGAGGGAAACGAGUAUGCAUUUUUCAAUUCCGGAUACCCAAGAGUGUAGAGAAGAAAAUGGGAGCACCUAUAUUGCCUAUAAUAUUCACAUCAAUGGAGUUUUCCAUUGCACUGUGCGCUACAGACAACUGCACAGUUUACACGAACAGCUGAAGCGAGACUUAGGGGGUUCCACUCUGCCUCCUUUCCCUCCGAAGAAGCUCCUCCCUCUUUCCCCCUCGCAGACUGAAGAACGCAGGCUCAGUUUAGAAAAAUACAUCCUCCAGUUAAGCCAAGACCAGAGAGUAUUGAACAAUGAUGUGUUCAACGGGUUUCUCGUAUCUGCUCAAAAUGAGACUCAGCGCGCUGGGGGAAGCCAAGACGAGGUGCUGAUUGACAUAUACCUGAUGAAUGGCCAGAAGAUUACACUCAGCGUUCCAGCCACCUUGCAAACAGAUGACCUUUUGGAGAAAGUUUGCAGCCACAUACAUUUGCCAAAUGAAUUAGUCUACUAUUUUGCACUUUUUCUGGUCAAGAAGGAAGAAAAUGAUCUGAUUGUCGUGAAACGGUUACAAGAUUUUGAGAGCCCAUACAUCUCUCAAAGAUGUGUGAAAGGGAUGCACAGGAUAGUACUCAGAAAAAAUUACUGGGACCCAAGCAUAGAUCUUGAGGUCAUGAAUGACUGUGUAGGGCUCAACCUGCUCUAUGCGCAGACAGUACAGGACGUGGAAAGAGGGUGGGUCCUCACUAACAGAGAGAUCCAGCGACAAUUGGCUGCCCUGCAGGCUAAGGGAGCAAAGAAAGAAUACAUGGAGUUAGCAAGAGCGCUGAAGUAUUACGGUUAUUUGCAAUUCCAACAGUGCACAUGCAACUUUCCUAAACCCAACACCCCUGUGCUCAUCAGUGCUGGCAACCGAGAGCUCAACUUUAGGAUUGAAUGCGAAGAUGGCUCUGUAAAAGAAGGAAAUUUCAAAGUCACACGUAUGAGAUGUUGGAGAAUAACAGUACAGCAACCUAUUGAAGGAUCGACCAGCAGCAGCAGCACCAGUAGCAGCACGAGUACAAGUACAAGCACGUGCACCAGUACCAGCAGUAGCAGCACCAGCAGUAGCAGCAGCAGCAGUAGAAGCAGCUGUAGCAGCCUUGAAGGUGGGCGGAAUGUCAACUUAGAGCUGUCCUUUGAGUACCUCAUGAGUCGUGAGGACAUGCGGUGGGUGACAGUGACAAGCCCUCAGGCUGUCCUCAUGUCCAUGUGCCUCCAGGGAAUGGUGCAAGAGCUCCUUACGCGCAAACGUGGACACAAAGUCCGGACUCCAAGCAAGAGGGUUCGCAAAGGUAGUCUUUCAUACAUGCGAAGAGAUGGAAGCAGCACACAAGUGACACUUAACCAUACUGGCGAGAACCUGCCAAUGGAUGGAGCCACCCAGUCUCCCAUUGGUGAACUUUCCCUCAGUCGGCUGAGCGAACGUCUGAGUGACCUCAACAUCCUCGACAACCGUCCGCACUCAGCUAUGCGCACCAACGGAGAAGCCGAGCCAAGCACAGUGGAAAAUGAUGCAUUUAACAUUAUGAGCGACAAUUCUUUGCCAUGAAAGGUUGGAGUUGCCGCGUGGAGAGGGAAACAGAGAGAGAAGAUAAUGUGUUCUAAAUUAAUGUUUUUAUUUUUUAAACAGAAGCAAAGGGCAGUUGCAUAAAAAAAAAAGAUGAAUUGAUAUAUAUUUGGUUUAGAGGGAAAAUAUAAAUUAUUAUAGAGAUACUUUUGAUAAGUAGAUGAAAACUUUUUUGUUAGGGAAUUAGUUUGCUGUGGUGCAGUCUUUUUUUUUUUUUUUUUUUUUUUUUUUUUUUUUAC